AUGGCGAUACGGCUCGCCGUCCUGGGACGUGCUUGCCAGUCAUCCAGGCGAGUCGCCGUCGGAGAUUUUUCAGCCACUCCAAGUCGCCGCUGUCUUUCUCAAGAUGCAAAUCGCUCCAUUGCCCAGCUUCUCCAAUGGAGGCCCGUGGGCGAGGCUGCUGGUGUCGUCGUCAAUGGCUACGUCCGCUCGGUCCGCUCGAUGAAGGGGCAUCGCUUUGUCUCGCUCGGAGACGGGUCCUCGCUCCCGCCUCUACAAGCCGUCGUGCCAAUUGACCAAGGCGAAGGCCUGACCAUCGGCGCGGCCGUCCGGCUCACUGGCUCCUGGCUGCCAUCGCCUGGCACUGGCCAGACCCAUGAGCUGCACACCAGCAGUGUCGAGAUUGUUGGUCCCUCGGAUGCCAAGACUUUCCCCGUCCAAAAGAAGUAUCACACGUCCGAGUUCCUCCGCACCAUGCCGCACUUGCGGCCGAGAACUCCUAUCAAUGCCACCUUGUUAAGGAUGCGCUCUGAUGCUAUCGCGUCCUUGACUCACUUCUUCGCCAGUCAAGCCUUCACACAGACACACCCACCCAUCAUCACAUCAUCCGACUGUGAAGGAGCCGGGGAGGUCUUUACCUUGGAGCCGGCCACCAAAGGCUCCAGCGCUCCCAACCAGUCUAUCCCAGAACCCCCGUUUUUCCGUUCCAAGAAGUAUCUGACUGUCUCGACACAGCUCCAUCUCGAGGCUUUAGCGCAGUCUGUCGGCCAUGUUUGGACACUUUCACCAGUGUUCCGCGCCGAGAGGAGUGAUUCAUCUCGCCAUCUCAGCGAGUUCUACAUGCUCGAGGCCGAAAUGAGUUUUGUCGACGACCUUGGGAGCAUCAUGGACUUUGCCGAACUUAUGCUGCGGUCUUUGAGCACCGAUCUUUUUGGUUCGUCUACCGUACAACAACUUCUCUCCAGACCGAGCCAGACCGGUUCCGAUCUUGCCCCGGUUGACAUCGUCAGGCGACGCUGGGAAGGUUUCAUGCGACCGACCUGGCCCCGGAUAACGUAUACGGAGGCUGUUGCUUUGUUACAGGAGAAUGCAGACAUGUUCUCCCAAAAACCGAUCUGGGGUGUGGGCCUAGGCGCCGAACAUGAGAAAUAUCUCGCCGAGACUGUUGGAGGCAGCCAAACGCCCGUCUUCGUCACCGAUUAUCCUCGUGAUAUCAAAGCUUUCUACAUGCGCGCGGCUCGGCCAGAUUUAGCUUCCGCUGAAUCCGGCUCCGAUACAUCUUCUCCCGGUCCUACUGUCGAAUGCUUCGAUUUGUUGGUACCCGAGCUGUGCGAAAUCGCUGGCGGAUCCAUGCGCGAGCAUCGCUUGAUGCCACUCGUUGAUGCAAUGAAGCGUCAAGGGUUCGCAGCGCCAGCACUAGAUGCGACAGGAAAUGCUGGCCCCAGGUCUGACGGCGACCUCGACUGGUAUGUUAACCUGCGUCGAUGGGGGUGCCCUCCUCAUGGCGGCUUCGGUGUUGGCUUCGAUCGGCUUCUUGCCUACUUAUCUGGUGUCUCUACGAUACGAGACAUUGCCGCCUUCCCACGUUGGUUUGGCCGAUGCGACUGUUGA